AUUUGCUAAAUGAAUUAUAUCAUAAUUCUGAUGAACCUUUAGAAUAUGAACAAACAGAAAUGACAAAAGAUUAUAAUAAGGAGGAGCAUGAAAUUCCACAGUCCAAUGUUAACAUUGAUUUGAUGAAUCAAUUACAUGAAUUUAAUCAAGAUGGAUUCUUCUGUAUAGAUUCAAUUGACUAUAUCAACAGACAAAUAGAAGAAGCAUCCGAGCGUCAGAAAGCUGCUUUCAUAAAACGUAAGAAUCUUGAAGAGGCAAUACAACAGAAACAAGAAUUAAAGAAUAAGCUUGAAAAAGAAAUAGAGGAUAUUGAUCAAAAGUUGGUCGAACUUCGUACAAAACUAGGCGAUGAAUUUGAAAGUAUGCAACUGGAAGCUCAACUCGGAAAAUACUAAACAAAAGUAUAGAAUUUUCUUAGUUUUUCGAAUGAAAAGUUAAGACACUUUAUAUAAUAUAUAAUUAGUG